AAAAACAGCUCUUUAAAGAGCAAAACGUCAGCAAUGACUUUUACUGUAAAAGAAGCAGCGGGUUUGAGAAUUAGUCUGUAAUGUUUUAGCGGGUUCCUUUGCCAGAUACAGCCCCUUACAAAAUAUUUAUGCACACAACGAACUCCAUUCAUCGAAAUUUUUUACUUUUUCAGUGGGGCAAACCCCCCUGCACCACCCCCAACAAGUGCUGUGCAACGGUGCUGCUACUGCAAACGCUUUCAGCCUUUAAAAGUAUUGUUUAGAGAAACAGUUUUGAGUGGUGUGAACUCUGCCCGACUGACUGAAAUGUGAUGUACAACAGGCAGUAAGGUUCUACAAACUAAUUUUAAUGUGAAUAGCCUCCGGGAGUUGUUGCAUCAUCAGGACCUGUGUACAGUUGCCCAGCUUUCUUUGCCAGCCCACUUGAAAGAAGAAUUUUGGUUGCAGACCCUGCUUGCUAUUUUUUUUAACCAAAACCCAACAGAUGUCACAGUUUACCUGAAAACUUAUACACUUUUAAGGCAGAGGAGCCUGACUUGAGACAGAAGUGAGGAAACUUGCAGGGAUCCUCUUUUGUUUGGUCUUGGGUCAGAGAAAACAAGUACUCUAAACGGCCAUGUCUGACACACUGGAGUAUAAUGAAGUGUAUCAGGAGGUGAAGGGUUCUAUGAAUGAUGGACGUUUGCGGAUCAGUAAACAAGGCUUGGUUUUCAAAAAUAACAAGACUGGGAAGGUAGACAACAUCCAAGCAAAUGACUUGGGAAACGGUGUCUGGCGUCGAGUAGCAAUGGGGCAUGGAUUAAAGCUGCAUACCAAGAGUGGCCAUAUCUAUAAGUAUGAUGGUUUCCGGGAAUCGGACUUUGAGAAGCUUUCCAAUUAUUUCAAGUCCCAUUUCCAUGUAGAACUGACAGAAAAAGAUAUGUGCGUGAAAGGCUGGAACUGGGGGACAGUGCGAUUUGGACACAGCGGUGGCCAGUGCAUCACAUGCUCUUACAAGGCCAACUCUGGUUUGCUGUAUCCCUUAGAGAGAGGUUUCAUCUAUGUCCACAAGCCUCCUGUCCAUAUCCGCUUUGAUGAGAUCUCCAGUGUCAACUUUGCCAGAGGAACCACCACCACCCGCUCUUUCGACUUUGAGAUAGAGACCAAGCAAGGAGCACCGUUCACCUUCAGCAGCAUUGAAAGGGAGGAGUAUGGAAAACUGUUCGAUUUUGUCAAUGCUAAGAAACUCAACAUCAAAAACCGUGGUCCAAAGGAGGGUAUGAAGCAAAACUAUGACGAAUAUGCAGGCUCUGAUGAAGAUGCCCAUGAUGCCUACUUGGAGAUGAUGAAGAAAGAAGGCCAGAUCAGAGAAGAAGCAGGUAACAGUGAAGACGACUCUGGAGAUGAGACAGAUGAAUCUUUCAAUCCUGGUGAGGAAGAGGAAGAAGUGGCUGAGGAAUAUGAUAGUAAAGCUUCUGGAAGCUCGGGCAGUGAGAAUGAAGAAGGAAGUGAAGAAGAGGAAGAGAAGAAGCCAGCGAAAAAGCCAAAAAUAGUGAAGGAAAAGAAGCCCAGGAAGAAAAAGGAGGGUAAAAAAGCCAAAGACCCAGCAGCCCCCAAGAGACCACUUUCUGCUUACAUGUUGUGGUUAAACGCAAACAGAGAAAAAAUUAAAUCCGAAAAUCCAGGUAUCAGUAUCACAGAGCUGUCUAAGAAAGCUGGAGAAAUCUGGAAAACUCUAUCAAAGGACAAGAAAGAGGAAUGGGAUCAGGAGGCUGAAGAAGCAAAGAAAAAAUACGAGAAGUCUUUGAAGGAGUACAAGGAGAGUGGCGCUGCAGAGGCCUUCCAGCAGGAAGCUCCAAAGAAAAAGAAGGAGUCUAAAGCUGAAAAGAAAUCUUCAGCUUCUAAGAAUGCUGCACCCAAGAGUCCAGUCAAGCAGACAGGGAAUGAGAGCUUCAAGAGCAAGGAGUUUGUUUCUAGUGAUGAGAGUUCUUCUGAAGACAGUGGUGAAGAAAAGAAGCCAAAGCCAAAGAAACAAGAGAAGUCAAAAUCGAAAAAGAAGGGUUCCGAUGAAGAUAUGGAAGAGGAGGAAGAAAUUGCCAGCACUCCACCUUCUUCUGAGGCAUCAGGCUCUGCAUCUGCUUCGGGUUCAGAAGACGAAUGAAAACCUUAUUUUUGUGAUUUUUUUCUUCAGUGAUUUCAUACUUUUUUUAAAACUUUUUAUUGGUAGGCAUUCUACCGCCCAACAUGCAGGUGCAUGUUAAAAGGUACAGACCUGGGAAACUACAGGGUGUUAUCUUGGUCAAAUACUGCAGUCAUUCUUAUCAGUGUAAUAAAUUUUUAGUGGGCUACACAUUUUACCCUGCUCUGUGACUGGGUUUUCAUUAUGGUUAGUGUUAAUUUGCACAUCUUUUAAAUAUAAUGAAAUGAUUUAUAGUGUACCUACCAAAUGUACCAGCCAUUCCAGCAGUUUUGAGCUACUGCAACAAUAGUGUCUAAUUUUAUUUGUCUUCCUAUGUAUUGAUGUUAAAUGUAUUUGUUUUUUCUUGUUUUUUUGUUGGUUGUGUAAGUUUCUGAAAAAUGGAUUAAUAAUCAAAGCAUCUGUCAUUUUUUUUCAAAGUACUGCUGUCACUCUUAAUAAAGUAAGACAUUUCAUUA